GGAGACGCUGCCCGGAGUUUCACUGUUUGAGUUUCUAAGGUGAGCCCUGUCAACUUUGGUGAACCUUGUAUCCUGACAAAAAUGACCUAAAACCAGUGUCUCACCCAGCUGUGUUUGAGCUCCAAACAGACCUUAUCCCAUCUUAAAGCUGCCUACAAAUCCAUGUCUCAACAAAGGCUUACAAAAUGAGUGGGGGUCAGAAUAAAAGACCAAAGAUUUGCUCCGUAGACAAAUCAUUGAACACAAUGACACUUCCAAAACUUAAAGCUGGUCAAGAAAUGGUCAAAAAGCCAGCCAUCGCCUCUCUUGUGGGGACCACCAAAGCAGUAUCCUUGUCCCAGAGGCCACAACCUCCUGCUAAGCCCAGAUCAGAGAAGACGUUAUCAGCAGGUAGGAAUUUACAUCACACUCUUGCACAACAGAGGUCAGGUGUGGAGAAGAAAACUUCCAGCACUUGUGCUCAACAGCCUAUUUUCUGUAGACAACAGAACCGCCCGAGUUUAGACAGCUCUAAUGGCAGCGUGGACAACGAGAAGCCAGGCUCUGAGAAUUCAGAAGAUGGUAGACAUAGUAGAAGAGGAUCAUUCUUGAAUGCACAUAAGUGUGACACCAGCAGUUCUAGCUCCAGCACCAUCCAAAGUGUAAAAUCCACCUCAGAGCUGCUGGAGGAAGCCAGACUUAUUGCAGGCCCGGAACAACCAGAUGAGGUUGACCAGCAGAGGACGCCAGAUGAAGCCUUGGCAGACACAUUAGUGAUGGGAUGUGGGUACAGUGUGGAUGAGAUCAUUGGUCCCCUGCAAAGGAAAGUGAAUGAUGGAAGUCUCUCUGCCUGUGGCCAAACAAAUGAACAUUUCACAGAAAGUGAACUUGCAUGCAGCUGCAUCGUUGAUAAUGAGGGGCCAACUCAAAGGGACCCCUCUGCACCAAAAGAAAAAAGUUCACCAAGACCUGAGACAGUCUUACUGAGCGAAUCUGAGGUUACUAGUGCAGAUAUCUUAAUGGCUCGUGGACGAAGCUUUACUCCUGUUCAGAGAGCAGAGAAGACAUCCCAUAAAGCCAAAACCCUCCAAGGCCUUUCCUUACUUGCAACCUGGACCCCUAAAAAAGACAUAGAGGGCUACAAAACCAUCCACCACUUGUGUACCACUCCUGCUAGUCAAGUUGUGCCUGUUGAGCUACAACUAGCUUCUAAAAUCUUCCAUACUCAAAACGUAAUCACUGCAACUCCACGAUUGAACAAGCAGAGGACAGCACUUGGACAACUAACCUCUACUCCUGAUAUAAAGAGACUGGUGUGUGAAGGUGUUCCCAUGGAUUCUGUUGGAGUUUCAGCGCAGACAGACAGUGUUUCUCAAUUACCUGUACAGCCAUCAAAUUCUCUGGAGGACUGGCAGAGAAUAGCAGAGUUCUAUGUAGAAAGACCACGGAUUAUAAUGUGUGGACGUGCCGUAACAUUGUGUCCCAGCGAGUUCAGAAUUUUCUGGAACCCAGCACCUCCAAAAUUCAUCUGCGCCCCCCGUGUUAUGAAAGAUAAACUCUUCCCGAAAUACCAGAUACCUGAGCCUGACCUGUGCAAAGAGAAUCUGUUGGAAGAUCUACAAAAUGUGGUGGAGGCUGAACCGGUUACUUCGAUGGAAAAUGUCUCAUCUUGUAAAAACAAGUCUCUGUCAGACUUGAGAACACUGGAAUUAGCCUCAAUCACUCCCUGUGGGUUCAACGCAAAAGAACAGGACAGACGGCCCCACUCUGCUCCACUCUUAACCCCAGAUCCUGAGCCCUUUCUGCGGCUCCAGUCUGACUUCACCAGUCUCUCUCAAGAGCUGGAGCAUGUGCGAUGGCAGAGUCAGCAGCACUCAAUCUGUGCCGUUCUGGCUAGCGAUUCUCCACCCGAUGCCAUACAGGCUGAGCUCCAGGAUAGGCCAGAUUCAUCAGUGCGACCCUUCAAGACCCCAAACCAUAGGAGGAACCCACUUAAAGUCAAAGGGUGGGCAAGAGUGUCCCGUUCCAAACGCAGGAAUGCCAAGCGAGAAAAGAAACUCACUUCUGUAAAGAUGGCCUACGUCCGUAAAAAACUGAGGGAGCCACCUCGGACACUCAAAAGGAGCGAGUCUUUGGGUCAGCUACCAUGGAAGCCCAAACCCUCUGAGAAGCUGUCUUCACCACGCCACUGCCUCAGUCUACCCGGGCUUCUAGAUUUUGAGAGCUUUUCCACAGAUUGUGGUGGAAUAUCUGAUGCUACACCACCCAGAGAGUGGAUAAGAGAUAUAUGUGAUGGCUGGUUUGACAAGCUCUUUCCAUCUCUGGAAAAGCUCCAGAGUGCAGGCUCUCUUCCCUGUGGUCUGAAGAACCAGCACCCACAGGAAAAGAUCCAGGUUCUGGACAGAGUGGAUCUGUCUGAGGUUCUGGAUGAAGGUCUCACAACAGCUGAUCUGGAGCAUGAAGUGGCCAAGCUGACCCAAACUAUCACUGAAAAUGGGGAAAAAAGUGCCUUUAAACUGUGCCGACGUGGAGCGCUUUAUAUUAAACUUGGUUAUCUCAAUCUGGCCCUUGAAGAUCUGAAUGCUGCCAUCUCCCUGGAGCCCCAUUUACUGGAUGCCUACUGGCACAGACACAGAAUCUACCUGCUGAGAGAUGACCCUGAUAAGGCUCUGGAUGAUCUCAACAUCAUUAUUAAGAACAACAAGAAGCAUGCAGAUGCAUUUAUGUCUAGAGCAGAAAUAUACAAACAAAGAGGGGAAACCACAUUGGCCAUAAUCAACUACACCCUAGCCAUUGAAGUCAAGCCAGAUGAAGCAGAGAUCUACUUUAAGAGGGCACAGAUGAAUGAGAUGAGGGGCAAGAUACUGCUGGCCAUGGAAGACUAUGCCAAAACAUUCACCAUUGACUCUACAAGGACAGAUGCGAUGCUAAUCCAUGGAAAACACCAUUUCAACAGCUCCAAAUGGAUGGUGGCCCUGGAAGACUUCUCCUUACUGCUGAAGCAACAACCUGUGAAUGCCAGUGCUAGGACAUACAGAGGAAGGAUCUAUUCUAAGCUGGGUCAGUUUGAGAAGGCUAUUGAGGACUUUUCUUUGGCUGUGCACUUGGAUCCCAGUGACUGGUUGGCAUUUUACCACAGAGGCUGUUUGCUGAGGAAGAUAAUGCCUGAUAUUGCCUUAAAAGACCUCAGCACAUCUGUUCUCAUCAACAACAGUGUUGAAAAUCUGAGUGCUUUCCUGCACCGCGGUAUGAUCUACACUGAGCUCCGGCGCUGGCGACAGGCUAUGGCUGACUUUGAAGCUGUGAUCAAACUUGACAGAUCUGCAGCUGUUGCGCACGUCAGUUUGGGGCUGAUCAAUAUGCUGAAAAUGGACCGAAAUUAUGAAGCCAUCAAACGGUUCAGUAAUGCAUUGAAAGCAGAUCCAACCUACGUAAAUAAUCUGAGUAGAGCGGUGAAGGAUUUAUCUCAAGCCAUACACAUGAAGCCAGAUGCAUCUGAUUUGCACAUCAUGAGAGGCCAGUACUUGUACAAAAUGGAGCAAUUUGACUUGGCCACCCACUGUAUACGGUAUGCAGCUGAAAUGAAAAAAGCUCUGGGUUUAUCACUAGUCCAGCAGGCAGUCAUCCACUCGUUCCUUGGGAAUGAUGCCUGUGCCAGCGCCUGCUUGGAGGAAGCAGCCGAUGCUUGCCCUUCUCUUCCACCUCUCAUUCUUUUAGGAAAGGCACGGAUGAAGGCACACCGGUUCACAGAAGCGGUGGAGAUUUUCAGAAAGGCCUUGUCAGUGCUUAGUUCCAUUACAACGAAACUCUGUAUUGUGCAAGAAGCUGCGGAGGUCUUCUUUCUUAUCGGCGUUUGCUACAUGACACAGGUGCUUUCGUUACAGGAGAGCAAAGCUUCUCUCCUCCUCCAGGCUUUAGAUGCUUUUAACAGUGCUGUGAGCAUCAACCCAGACUAUGCUGAAGCUUACCAUCAGAGAGGCCUUUGUCGCAUGCACCUACAAAACUCCAUGUGUGUGCAAGACUUUAACAAAUCACUCCACAUAAACCCAAAUCUCUAUCAGGUGCAUCUAAGCCGAGCUGUCCUUUAUGGAGCCGAAGGACGAUAUGCAAAGGCAGUACUUGAUUGUAAUGAAGCUAUCAGGAUCCAGCCCAAGUGUGUCAGAGCCUACUUGUAUAAAGGAGCUCUUAAAUUCUAUUUGAAAGCAUACAAGAGUGCAGUGGAGGAUUUGACCAUGGCAAUCAAAAUCGACAGUGUCUGUUCAUUUGCAUACUUCAACCGCGGUGUGUGUUUCCAACAACUGCAGGAUUAUGAGCUGGCACUCCGAGACUACAGCAUUGCGCUGCUCUUGGGCAGUCAGACGGAGAUGGAUCUGAAAGUGUUGAUAAACCGUGGCCUUCUGUAUGUGGAGCUUAAUGACUAUAACAAUGCCCUCCAGGAUUUUAAAGCUGUAGCACAGAAACGUCAGGAGAAUGCAGAAAUUCAACAUGCACUUGGAGUAAUACACCACAGGCUUGGCCAGUUAGAGGAAGCCGUGGACUCUUACAGUGAAGCUAUGAGACUCGAUCCCUUCUUUCAGGACUCAUAUGUGGGCAGAGGUAAUGUCUUCAUGGAUUACGGGCAUGAUCAGGCAAAGAAGCAGGCAAAAGACUUCCUCUCUGCCCUGCAUCUCAAUCCACUCUGUUCGAGUGCUCGCAUUGGCCUGGCAUACUACUUACAGGUUUGCGGAUUCUUCCAGAGAGCUUGGAAUCAGUUCACAGUGGCUGUGGAGGUGAAUCCUAAAUGCUGGGCUGCUUAUGAAGGCAGAGCCGUCAUCAAUUUACAGAUGGGAAAUGCAUUUGGAGCCUUGCAGGACAUAAACAUUGCUAUAAAGUGUAAUGCUCUCUCGGAGCAACUCUUCACAAAUCGAGGUCUGAUACAGCAGUUCAUGGGGGAUAGAUGCAGUGGCAUGAAGGACUAUCAGAAUGCUAUCAGCCUCAACCCCAAAUAUGCUCUGGCUUACUUCAAUGCUGCCAACCUCUUCUUUUACAAUGGACAGUUUGAGCAGGCCUGUGAGUACUACAGCAGAGCCUUUGAGCUGGAGCCCUCAGAUGAGUCUGUGAUCCUGAACCGAGCCAUUACUCACACUCUACUGCGGAAGCUUCCAGAAGCCCUGCAGGAUUUCAAUGAGGCUCUCUGCCUCAACCCUCACUCAGCACAUGCCUACUUUAAUAGAGCCAACCUGUUCUGCACUCUCAGAGAAUAUCAAUCAGCCGAGAGGGACAUUACAGAAGCCCUGAGGCUGCAGCCUGGAGAUGCUCUGCUCUUUAAACUCAGGGCUGAUGUUCGGGGUCAUCUAGGAUGGACGGAACAUGCGUUGAAGGAUUACAGGACUGCAGUUGAACUUCAAGACUCUGCAGGAACCUAGACGUAUCUAUGUAGAGUAGUUGAAAUGAGAGUCGUUUUAAUCAAACAUGUGUAGCUUAUUAAAGCAAUUACUGCUAGAACAACAGAAAAUACAACAAUAAAAACUCACUGUAAUUCUAUGUGCGAAAAGAUGUCACAUUUAAUGGUUACAUUUUUACUACUGUAUAUUCAUAAUUUCUGAAGGAAAUACCACUCGUUGAAAGGCAGAAAAAAAGCAUUUAUUUGGUUCUGCGUACAUGAAAUGCUGCAUCAGAGCCGCUUUGCCUUUAUUAUGACACUAAAUGCACAAUGCAACACCGUCUUUACAUUGAAAAGGAGACUACACGGUUCAGUCGAUUCAAGAAAGAAAAGACCAAUCACAAACCCGUGUGCAACUAGAUGUAACAAAGAAGAUUGGAAUUCAAUAGAGCGCAUCAGUCUGGUUCCGGAAGUUAAAGUCCCAUAAAAUUUUUCCACUGACAAAUUGAUUUUCAUCAUUAACUUUUAAACAUUUUAAGGCAGAUCUACCCUGAGCUCCGAGGUUGUUCAUUGAUGGUAUAUGCUUCUAUUGAAGCCAUCCAUCUGCGUUAUUUCAACUUCAUUGUUUAAAUAGCCUGUUUGAUAGCGGAAUUCCUGGUAAACAACUACAUUACCCAUGAUAAUGGCAAUCAGAAAACCGUGGCCAACAAAGCCUGCAAAAUUUGCUUCGGAGCGACCGCCCACUCCCAUGAUUCACUGUGAGUUAUGUAAUUAGUUAUCUCCCUUUACCAUUAAACUACUUAUCUAAUAGUACAUAUCGGAAAAUUUUGAAAUUAAUAAAAAAAAAAAAGAAUUUCUAUACUCAUAAUCAACAACCUAAAAUCAAUAGUGUGAUAUAUUCCCAUUUUUUUUUUUUUUUUUUUAUUACAUCAAAGACGGUAAGUACACAGCCUUGUGUCUUUUUGUCCAAUUUUCAAAAACUUUAUUGCCUAAAAACAAAGUUUGUGAUGAUGUGAUUCAACUCUGUGCUGGUUGCUUUGGUUCAUGGCUUACAACUCUUUGAUGGAGGAUUUUAUGAAAAGCCUAUGCAAAAAAUUAAUUUGGAAAAAUACUUCUGGAAUCCAGAUGCUGAAAAGUGGACGGGGCACUGUUGCACUCUUUUGGAAUUCAUUAUUAAAAUUUUACAUUGCCAUCAGUUAGAUUUUGAAUGGCAAACAUUGCGUCAAUGUAAUUCAAAGGGAAAUUUUAAACUUUUGCCUUAAAUUCCAGUAUAAAGUGUAAUAAAUAUACUGUAUAAGGAUGAAGUUUACAAAAGCACAUCCGAAACAAAGUUUGGAUGGAAUCUUUAUAUUAAAUGUUUCAAGCUAAAAGAA